AUGGCGAUUUCGAAGGGCGAUUCGAUCAUCAUCGUGGGCGCUGGCGUCUUCGGUCUGUCAACUGCGUUGGAACUAAAACAGCGCGGAUACACCGAUAUCACUGUUUUAGAUCGGUAUGCUCCUCCGGUAGUAGACGGAAGCAGUGUCGACCUGUCGCGCAUUAUUCGCGUCGACUAUGCCGAUCCGGUCUACUGUCAGAUGGCUCGUGAGGCCUACGAGAAAUGGACGACAGAUUACAAGGAGGAGUACUUCGAAUCCGGAUUUGCAUUGCUAUCCGAGACUCCCCGGAACGAUUGGAUUGAGAAAUCCAGAGCAACAGUCCUGGCAACUGGUGGAAAAGUGGAGGACCUCAAAGAUGCCACGCAAUUGCUGAAGUCAUACCCGAACAUCCAGGCGAAGCUGUCCGGCAUGAAUGGUUAUCUGAACCGGAAAGGUGGCUGGGCUGAUGCUGCCGGUAGCAUACAGAAGUUGGCUUCGCGCUGCAGUGUGGAGGGUGUAUCCAUCAUUUCCGGACCUCGCGGGACCGUGGCUUCCUUGCGCCGAGAAGGAUCCCGAGUUGUAGGCGUCAAUCUUCUUAAUGGAGGAUUCUUGCUUGCAUCCCAGAUUAUUGUGAGCGCCGGUGCAUGGACUAACCGUCUUUUCGAUAUUGCACACGCUGCAUCCUCAUCGGGACAGCCCGUUGGAUUUAUCCAACUGACACCGGAAGAAGCCCGAUCUUUGGAAUCGACUCCUGUGAUGAUCAACAUGAGCACGGGAGUAUUUUGCUUCCCGCCUACUCCGGGCUCCAACAUUCUCAAGCUCGCACGUCAUGGGUAUGGUUACGCAAACGAAGUCACGGUUUCAGCCCAUGGAGUCACUCGGACGGUCUCCUCGCCUAAGCUUGAAAGCAGCAACGCGCAGACGGGAUAUCUUCCUAACGAUGCAGAUGACGGCCUGCGCCAAGGCCUCCGCCAGUUCUUCCCCAAGUUUGGCGACCGGCCAUGGAUGAAUCGUCGACUUUGCUGGUACACCGACACCCCGAAAGGUGACUUUAUAAUUGAUCAACACCCAGAGCUUCAAGGUCUCUUUGUGGCCACCGGUGGAGCUGGACAUGGAUUCAAAUUCUUGCCGAUUCUGGGAAAAUAUAUUGCGGACUGCUUUGAGAACAAGGCGCCCAAGGAGCUGCGCGAGAAGUGGCGAUUGGCCCCGUCACCCGCGAACUCUGCUGCCUAUGAUAUGAAGGGUGAUGGAAGUCGCGCUGGGCCUCCUCUGCGCAAGCUUACCGAAUUUGAGAAGGCAAAGUUGUAA